CUGAUUGGAGCGCUGUCGGUGAAAGGCGCGUAGUACACACGUACAUAUAACAUUUGUCACGUGCGUUUUAUUAUUCUUUUUUCGUUAUUAUUAUAUUUUACGUACAACGCGUACAGUGCUCAAGAAGCCGCCGAUUGUCUGACAGGUCGGAUUUGUAAACACGCGUAGGUAAACACCACACAGACCGCCGCCACGAUGAACGUCUUUUGGACGUUUUCCGCAGUGCUCCUGCUCAAAGCAACAGUGAUCCAGUGCCAGGCAUACAGCGCUGAAAGGUCGUCGCAAUGUCCGGAACAAUAUGGCGAACAGACGUACGCCCACCCCGAUUAUUGCGAUCAAUUUUACCUGUGCACGAACGGUACGCUGACGCUAGAACAGUGCGGCAACGGUCUUCUGUACGACGGCAAAGGCGCCGCCUACCACCACUGCAACUACCACUGGGCCGUUGAAUGCGGAAAUCGCAAAGCCGAACUUGUCGCCAUCAGUUCUCCCGGAUGUGAAUACCAAUUCGGUCUGUAUUCGGACGGUUCCGCUUGCAGCACCAACUACGUUAAAUGCGAACACGGAUCGCCAUACUCGCUGCCCUGCGAACCUGGACUGGCUUACGACGACAGGAUCAAAAAGUGCAACUGGCCCGAUGAGCUCGUCGACGUUGGAUGCAACCCAGCAGACAUAAUUGGAUUCAGCUGCCCGGACAAGGUGGACCCGCACUCGGUGUCGGCCAAAUUCGAACCGUACCCGAGAUUCGCCCUCCCCGGAGACCCUCACAGGCUCAUCACGUGCGUGAAUGGACAUCCGAGAUUGAUAAGCUGCGGUGAAGACAGCGUUGUGGACGAAUCGUCGUUGACGUGUGUCGAAAAAGGGUCUCAUUACAGAAAGAGAAAGUAAAUCAUAUCAUCGUUUAUCCAUUAGUGUCAUGUUUAAAGUGUACAUUUUCACAUAAAACACAUAUUGUACAAAUCAUUGAACGACAUUGGCACUGUGGCAUUGUUACAUGAAAACAUAUAAAAAUAAUUUUUCUGGAUUGUUAUUUAUGCCAAAUUAAUAGUUAUAAAAAAAAAUUAAAAAAAGUUUCCAAUUAAUCGUUGUUAUAUUAUUGUUAUUAUUAAAUUGUAACUUAAAAACUCCAUAUUACACCUCUAUAAAUAAGUCAAUAGUAAAUCAAUAAUAUUAAUGGAUAAGUAUUGAUGUAUCGUAGAAGUGUUGAAUUAAGUAAAAAAUUAAAACCACUCUGUAUCUUAUAACAGUUAUUAUUUAAAUAACAUCAGAAAUGAUUUUUAUUUCUACAUUAAUACGGUGAAAUAAAACCAAACAAUAGUUUAUUUAUUACGUAGGUAUUAAGUCAGUAUAUAUCUGUGCCUAAAAACGUCAAUCCAAUACCAAAAUAUGGUAUGGAAACUAUUUUUAUCGAUACAUUUUUAGAAAAUUAUGACGCAUACUUAUCAGUGGCGUAGUCGAGUAAAUACAAUUUUACCCGCUUGCGUAAUUUUUUUUAACCUUUUUAUGUAAUUUAUUUAGGUAUGGUUAUUUUUGU